GGCGGGCCCCCAUGGUAUCCCAGGAAACCCAUCCGGUAGGUUUCUCCGGGGCGGUUACCGUACGGGUGCCCGUGGGCAUCCCAUUCGUCCGCGUCCAUGCUGCUCGUUUCGGCCUCCUCGUUCUCCGUUGUUCCGCUCUCCGCCGCGCUCUUCUCCGCCUCCGCCUUAAUCCGGUGGAUUUCUUUGCCAACGUUCUCGAUGCGCUUCGCCGUCUUCUUGCCGUCGCAGUUCCGGACGUUCGCGCGGAGUUUGCUGCGCUGCUCCUCCAAGGCGUCCAAGUAGGCGGCGCGGGUUUCUCCGCGGUGCUGUCUGCUGCGGUCCCGAGACUCGCGGCGCAGAUGCGUGCCCUUCGGGCGCACCAAGUAGCGGACACGCAGGCGGUCGGGGUCUUCUUCGAGCUGUUUCGCGCCGUGGCGCUCAGUGGCUCGCUCCGCUCGCAGGCGUUCCGCACGGGUGCCGGCGCUAAGGCUGUCCAUGGUUUUCAAAGCUAAGGCCGAAGGGCUAAACCUUAAAAAUGCGAGGAAUUUGCUAAAGUUGGCGCAAGUUUGGCAGUGUUGGAACACACGAAGCCGCUAAAGGGUUCAAAAUGCUAAAGCUUGACACAGCUAGCAAAAUCCUAAGAACUCACACGGCAGGGGCUGCGUAUGCCUCUAACUGCCAAACCUGGGAAAGCAUAGGAACAGGGUCCAGGGUCUCGAUCAUCAUCAUCGUCAUCAUCAUCAUGCUAGCGCUAAGCCUAGGGCUGAAGGAUCUCGAUCACACUGCUAGCGCUAAGGGUCAAGAUCGUAAGCAUUUGGAUCAGGGUCAUGGUGCUAAGCUUAGGCAUUUGGAUCCGGAGCGGUGCGUAGAGUGCAUCUCGUCAACAGCUACAGAUGCCCUCCAAAAUCAAUGCGUGUGUAUUACGUUCUUCACCACCACAACCUGCACCACUUACGGAAAAAAUAACUUACACUAUGUAUUCCACGCAGAACAAAAAUGUAUCACAGAAAAGAAAAACGGCAUGCUGCAUGAGCUUCCACUUGAGAAGCGCUCGCAUCCCUCGUUUGUUUCUUGUAUCAUUCUACAGUAACAAUACCAGUUUCAAUUCUAGAUGAUUGUAGUGGAGCAGGAGCUAGUGUAUCGGUUAUCGUUAUUCUCUACCAAGUAAGUACAAUACUUCACCGCUCUGGAAAUCUGGACGUAAUCGCGAAAACUACCUUGUAAAAGAAAGAAAGACCCCAAUUGUACUGCGCUUGCGCUAAGCACUUCGUCUCAGAUCAAGAUUGAUGCGUCUCCUGAGAUACGUCUGAAGGAGGUACCCUGAAGCGCUAUGUCGCUUUCGUCUGAUGCUAGUUUUCUUUCUGCUUGUUCGAU